CACACACGGUGCGACGUCUCCCUCGCACGGUCCUUCGGCGCACAACAGGAGACUGAAGGAACAGGAAGUAGGUCCGAGUCGAGGGCGCAGCAGCAGAUCGUGAGAGCUCCUCUGAGAACUGCUCCUACAACAACGACGCAGAGGACGCGGAACGAUUUGUCACCCGGAAACGGGAGAGCUGCCGCGCCACCAAAAGCCCCAGUCCUCGUCUGAGAAGAUCCAGUGGUCGAUGCCAGCGGGAUGGGGAACAGCAGCAGUGACCGGUCCGGCGGGGGUCAGGGGGAGAGGUCCUACAGAGACGGAGCGCAGGGGGGGAAGGAGGCCCGUCCCAACAUCCUGAUGGACAGCUCCGAGGACGCGGAUCUGUUCCAGAGGGAUGACUCGAAGGCUCCGCAGGAGAUCCAGGAGUUUCUGGCCUGGCAGCAGGACCUGGAGAGCGACAGCAAGAGUCCAACCGAGGCCCGGCCCACCGUGUUCAGAUGGUCGGGGAUCGCCAAGGAAGUCUUCGUGUCCGGCUCGUUCAACAACUGGGCCACCAAGAUCCCCCUCAACCGGAGCCAGAAGAACUUUGUGGCGAUCGUGGACCUGCCGGAGGGAGAGCAUCAGUACAAGUUCAGUGUGGACGGUCAGUGGACUCUGGAUCCGACUGGGGCUGUGACGACGUCUAAAACCGGAACCGUCAACAACGUUAUCCAGGUGAAGAGGACGGACUUUGAGGUCUUCGACGCCCUCAGGAUCGACUCGCAGGACACUGCAGACAUCUCAGACUUGUCCAGUUCCCCUCCCGGCCCCUACCACCAGGACGCAUAUGUGACCAAAACGGACGACAAGCUCAAGCACCCUCCCAUCUUACCUCCCCACCUGCUGCAAGUGCUGCUCAACAAGGACACGGGCAUCUCUUGUGACCCGACGCUGCUUCCAGAGCCCAACCACGUGAUGCUCAAUCACCUGUAUGCCCUCUCCAUCAAGGACGGGGUGAUGGUCCUCAGUGCGACACACCGCUACAAAAAGAAAUACGUGACCACUCUCCUGUACAAGCCAAUAUGAACACAGAGAAGCGUGAUCCAGCUCGUGUGUCUGAUUAGUAAUUGUUGUCUGCUUCUGUAAAAAGCUGCUACUCGGUAUCUUCCUGAUAUCAACUUUUAAAACUAUUACAUCCCGUUGUCUGUAGUAUUUGGAAAAUGUUGCGCAUGUAUGAGUUGCAACACAGUGUUGGCGUUUUCGCGACGAAGACACAACGGCAUCCCAAAUGCUCCGUCUUUAUGAUGAGAAAGUGUUUUUCCAUCGUGACCUCAAUUGAUCUCGACGUGUCAGUCGCUGAUGUUGACAUUGUUUUGAGGACACUUACCUAAAACUUAAAGGGGCAGUAAGCGAUUCGGAAGCAACACACGUUUUGUAAAAAAUCAGCGAAUAUGUCCUCACGUUCGCUCAGCCCAGGCUCCGUGAAUUGAAAAACAUAAAAAGUGGUGCGGACCGCACCACACAACACUGCGAGUGCAGACGCCUUAAGGGAUGUGGCGGCGUCGGACUCCCACACCGGACGUCCCGGCCGGAGCAGUAUAUUCACAACAACAACAACAAAGAGAGAAACAAGCUUUCUCCAGAAUCGCUUACUGCCCCUUUAACUUCAAGUUUUAGCUAAAUAAUCUUUCAAAAACAGUGAACCACGAUAUGAGGAGACAUAGAGGUUGAAAUUCAACAGUCUUUAUUCUCUUUAUUUUGAACUGAUGCCUUUUGCACAAAGUCAGGCUCCUUUCACACCAGGUUUUUAAUCAAACGUGAUUGAGAAAUUAAACGUUUUUACAAAUCCA